CAAUUAGUGUAUGGACUCCAUGGUCGCCAUGGUCACCAUGUAGUGUGACCUGUGACAUUGGGUCAAGAACAAAGUCAAGGUUAUGUACACAUCCUGAGAGUGGAAUGAUAUGUGAAGGGGAAGCUCUGGAACAAGAGAUCUGUACACCAGUACCAUGUCCCAUUGACGGUGGAUGGUCAAAUUGGUCGCCAUGGACACCAUGUUCGAAAACAUGCGGUGGCACCAGAGAACAAGUCAGAGUUUGUGAUAACCCUGCCCCACUGCAUUCUGGGAGUUAUUGUAUUGGUGAUAUGUAUAGAAUAGAUAAUUGUGGUGAUAAUACCACAUGUCCAGUAAAUGGUAACUGGGGUCACUGGUCAACAUGGGCACCAUGUAGCGUGACCUGCGGGCAAGGAUUAAGUCGAAGAUACAGAGUUUGUAAUAACCCAGAGCCAAUGAAUGAAGGUGAAAAAUGUCCAGGAAAGACCAGAGAACACAAAUCAUGUGGUAAAAAUAAUGAUCCUUGUUAUGACUUAUGUGAAAAAGCCAACUCCUGGCCUCUUUUAACAGCUCCUCCACACGAUGGCUCUCCUUCGUUGAGAGUAGACUUUCACCAGGUUUUUACUGAAAAGGUUACAGUUUCUGGUUUGAUGGUUUUUAACCCUGAGCCCCUCCUUGCACGACAGGGGAGUGGUGUUUGGAGUACUUGGAGUCACUGGGGCACAUGUACCAAUACGUGUGGCGUAGGUCAGCAAUUCCGUCAACGUUUAUGCAAAGACAACAUAUGUAGUGGACCAAACCAACAACAAAAGCCAUGUCUCAUCAAAAAAUGUCCAACAAUCUACACCCGCUAA